AAUUGCUCCUCUCCAUGACAACAGAACAUACAAAGCCGGACACGAUGGCCGCAGACGUUAGCCGGUGUUUACAACAGGCGGCAAACUACACUAAAGAGCUGGUACGGGAAGAUGGGCACUGGUGUGGUGAGGUGAAAUCCAAUGUCUCCAUUACCGCCGAGUACAUCACCCUGCACCAUGCCCUAGGCCUUCAAGUACCCGAACCGGAAAGCUGGAUAUCAUGGAUUCUAUCAGAACAGAAUCAGGACGGCUCUUGGGGUCUUGCGCCCGAUAUGCCUGGCUAUGUAUCAUUUAGUGUGGAGGCAUAUUUUGCUCUCAAACUGCUAGGUGUCUCUCCGCAACAUCCAGCCAUGGUGAAAGCAAACAAGUCAAUACUUGCCGCAGGCGGAGUGGCUCAAGUGCGCAUCUUUACUCGCCUUUUUCUAGCCAUAUUUGGUCUUGUCCCUUGGGCAGCUGUUCCAGAGUUGCCUCCGGAGCUGAUAUUGCUACCACCCUCCGUUUUGCUUAGCGUUUACAACAUGUCAGCUUGGGCAAGACUGACGGUCGUUCCGUUGCUGCUCGUCAGUCAUCACCGGCCUAUUUUUGCUCUCCCUAACGGAAGAUCAGAGAAUAACACGUACCUGGACGAGCUAUGGUGCAAUCCUGAAAAUAAAUAUGCGCCGUACGCACCAAGUCUAUGGAAGCCGUGGCGGAUGGAUUUUGUCACAUUGGUGUGCACGUUAACUGAUGGCGCUUUGCACGCCGUCAAUGGAAUGCGGAACUUCCCAUGCCGAUCAUAUGCUCGCAAGCAAUGUCUCGAUUUCCUUUUUGAACACCAAGAAGAAGAUGGUAGUUGGGCAGGAUACUACCCUCCAAUGCACGCGUCAAUAAUCGCACUCGUCCUUGAAGGUUAUGACAUCAAGUCUCGUCCUGUUCAGAGGGGACUUGAAGGUCUGCAAAGGUUUAUCUGGUCCGAUCAAACGGGACAACGAAUGCAAGCUUGUGUAUCCCCCGUCUGGGAUACAAUCCUCAUGACAAUUGGGCUACUCGAUUCGGGGCUUCCAAGAAACAGCAAAUAUGUUCUUCAAUCAACCAAGUGGCUUAAAGAUCGCCAGAUUCUGGGACCACAAGGCGACUGGAAGGUCCUCAACCCGAAACUCAGGCCAGGAGGAUUUAGUUUCGAAUACUGCAACGUCUGGACCCCGGAUGUUGACGACACCGCUGCUGCAGUUCUUGCUUUUGUGAAACAAGAUCCCCAGUCAGUUGGUUCUGAAGCGGUUCUCCGUGCCAUUGAGUGGAUACUGGGCAUGCAAAACAACGAUGGAGGCUGGGGCGCUUUCGACCGUGAAAACAACAAGUUGUUUCUCAACCGCAUACCGUUCAGCGAUAUGGAAGCCAUGUGCGACCCGUCUGAGGCAGAUGUCACUGCGCGGAUUUUGGAGGCGUUUGGUCUUGUGAUGAAAUUUGAUUCACACACGAAGCCAUAUGUCCCUAUCGACAUAAAGAACGCAAUGAGGCUGUCAGCUGACUGUGCCAUGCAGUUCCUCGCCAACAAGCAGGAGACGACCGGAGCAUGGUUCGGCCGCUGGGGUGUCAAUUUCAUAUAUGGAACAAGCAACGUAGUGUGCGGUCUUGCAGAGUACAAAUCUGCCCAAAGCACUGCAGACGCUCGCAUUGGAGAUUGGAUACAAAAAGGGGUGGACUGGCUGAUCUCAAUCCAGAAUCAAGAUGGAGGAUGGGGUGAAUCUCUGGAAACCUAUCGAGACCCUAGCACAGCAGGCCAGGGGCCAUCAACACCGUCGCAAACGGCCUGGGCGCUCAUGGCUUUGCUUACAUCGCUUCCUCCUACGCACCCGGCAAUUACAGGUGGGGUUCAUCAUCUUCUUCAAACGCAAGUCUCAGCUGGUGCAAAUGGUGCUUCAUGGCCAGAGAGAUCGUUCACUGGAAUUACUGCCAUGGGCCUCUUCGCGACAUUCCGGCGCCGUCAACCGCCAAUGGUUCCCACUGACCGCAUCAUUCCCCUGCGCUUCUGGGAUGACCUGUCGCAUCUACGGUCUCUUGCCCAUGAUUUUACCUUACGCUUCGACGAUGUGCUGGACAUACCCAAGUUGCGGGCGGCGCUGGAGCGUCUGAUGGAGAUCGGGGACUGGGGGCAGCUAGGAGCGCGUCUACGACUGAAUAAUGAUGGAAAGCUGGAACACCACAUCCCCGCGCAGUACGAUAAGACACGCCCGGCGUUCGUUUUCACUACCACAGAGUAUACCGUAAACAUUGACGACCACCCUAUAGGCUCACAACUGCCAAAGACGGGACAGAAACAGGUCUUUCGGGUGCCUCCUGCCGCAAAAUUCGGCCCCUUGGUUCGUAGUGCAGACUCCCCUCGGGUCCUGGAGGACUGGAUCUACUCGGACCAUCCGCAGCUCCAUAUCCAUGUGGUGCAAUUUCAGGAUGCUACACUGCUAACCAUGACUUAUCUGCAUACUCUCAUGGACACCGUCGGACGGUCUGGCUUUCUCCAGGCGUGGACCACGGUGUUGGAUGGUAAAGAGAAUGAGGUGCCUCCAUUUCACAGCUACGAACACGACCCUUUGUCCUCACUUGGUCGGGACACACCAGUGAAUCAGUAUCUCUAUCUUGACCGGCUUGUCAGAGGCCUCAGUCUAAUAAUAUUUGGGAUCCGAUACGCGUUCGAGUUGCUGUGGUUUCGGAAGGAAGAAGAACACGCCAUCCGCUUGUCUGGUGGCGCGGUGGAAUACAUGAGGGAUACUGCACGGAGAGAGCUCGCCGAGGAGAGUGAUGUGUCUAAGCUUCCAUUCCUCAGCGAGGGCGAUAUCCUGGCCUCAUGGUGGAUGAGGACCAUCGUCACGGCUCUCCGGCCCGCCUUCAACCGGCCCAUUAUGAUGAUGACCGUCUUCAAUGCCGUCAGUUUAUUCCCAGAAUGGCUUAUCGAUGGUGGUAUAUACAUUGGCAAUGCUAUUUUCCCGUCUUAUACCGUGCUUCCGGCGCACCGGGUUCUUCAAGAGCCCAUCGGAGUGGUCGCGAUGGAAACGCGCCGGGCCCUCCUCGAGCAUCGCACCCGGGAGCAGGUGCAGGCUCUGGCUGCCAUCCAGCGCGCUUCAUUCCGAAUGACCGCCCCGUUACUUGGUGGAUCUGACCUCUUGUUUCUUGCCUGCAGCAACCUCCACAAAGCGAGGUUCUUUGAGGUGGACUUUUCAGCGGCUGUGGUGACCCCAGGGGUGCCUCUGAGAGGCCGGUCUUAUGGGCUUGGCCAACCAUCCUAUAUCAAUAUAAUUGAACACAGUGUGAAAUACCCAACACGGAAUGUCUUUCGAGUCGUAGGGAAAGACUCCGCGGGGGAUUGGUGGUUGACGUCGAGUGUGCGAGCCGAGGCCUGGCCAGCAAUCUAUCGGCAGCUGGCAAAUUUGGAAGACUAUGUUAGGAGGCUUCAAAGCGAGUCCAUUCAAAGUGUUAAAUGUGAAGAGUAGAUUCGUUCAUUAGACAGGUGGACCACGACUCCAAUUCAAUCUCAAUACCAUGAUCCCCU